AUGAGUCAAGACCACGAGGGUCCAGGGGAGCUGGAAGACAGCGACAGCUACGAUCUCACCCAGGCACCAACCAGGGAAACUAGGGGUUCAACUGAAUCAGUGAACCAACGACAACAAAACAUCCAAUGGAAGCCUUCGUCAAGGACAGUCGAGGAGACGCUAGCUGAGGGUCUCUCCAAUGAGGAUCUCUGGCUCUUGAUUCGGCGAUUUAAUAAGCAAAUAUACCAUGUGAAGGCGGUUCAAGAUGCGACCAGUCAGAAUCUAGAUUUGAGUCGAGCGGAAGAUGAACAGUUCCCGCCCGAGAAGUUGCGCAUGACUAUUGAGCGAUUCUAUACGUCUGUUAUUGUUGGUGUGAUCGAGCUCUUUCGACAUGUUGGGCGGUUGAGGUCUUGGAGAGAGCCCGGGCGGACUUCUGCAUUUACGUUGAUCUAUUUCUUUUCAUGGUACAUGGAUUUAUUGCUUCCCACCAUACUAAGUGUAUUGAUGGCGUUGAUCAUGUUUCCACCGAUCCGACCAGUUCUCUUUCCCGCUGCUCCAUCUUCCAAAAACAAAGGUUCAUCAACUGGGAAGAAUGGACAGCCUCAAUCUCAAGACAAUCUCACCGGAGCACCGGAAACGCAUAAAGGUGAAGCGGCUGAACAAGAAGCCAAGAACAUGAUCGAUAGUGUCGCAACUAUUGCUAUGGAAAGUGCUGCCGGCAAGUAUGGCCAAGCUGUACCCCAAGAUCUUGAUGACGUUCCAUCUCCCUCCGAAGCAAUUGAUGUCGCGGAUAUCUCCGAGGAAAUUGGGCUAGAGGAUCCCACUGACGACAAGACGAAAAAGCCUGUCAGGAACAAAGUGUCCCGGGGUACUGAUAAGGCCAUGCGUGUAAUCAGUGAUAUCACAGACAUAUACGAAAAGUUUGCAAACCUCUUGUCUCCCACACCACCAUUUCUCUUGGUCACACCACGGCUGCGUCUUUCGGGUAUCCUGGGCUUUGUUUGCUUAGUUUUCCCUUUUAUAUCCAGUCACAGUAUCAUCAAGGCGGUAGGAUUCAUCAUUGGAGUUGGAUUCUUCGGUGAUCCACUCUUCACCUUCGCAAUGGGGAUGUUGAAUCGAACGAUGCCCAACUGGCAGGAUCAAAUGGAUAUCCAAAAGACAUUAUUGGCUGGUGUUCCUACAAACGCGCAAUUGACACUGACACUAUUCCGAAUCGGAGAGAUCAAUUCCGCUCCACUACCACCACCACCAAACUCCGGCGACAAUGAGCCAUCAUGGCCAAUUCGCCGCAAGAAGUCCUCGGCUAAGCUUCUGACCCAAGGCAGCAAUCUUGACGCUUCACUCGGCACCCAAACACAGGGUACCAAUGAGCCUCUUCCGAUGGGCAAGCCCAAGAAGAAAUGGAUUUACAAGGUAUUCAAAUUCGUCCGUCGCACUAUCGCAACAGCUAUUCGCGGACACAUUGCCUUCGACCGCGCAAUGGCCAUCGCCGGAUCAGCCCACACGAAGAACUUGAUCACCAUGCUCCAACAGAAGGCUUUCUCCUCAAAGCCAUUCGGCCCACUCAAAUUCGACGCUAAAUUCAUGAAGAAGCGUGGCGCAGCAGUAAUAGACUCCACCCAGGAGCCACCAAUCCUGUACUUCACGACUUAUCAGUCGGCGGGACUGGACGAUCUCCGUCUUGAGAGUCGUAAGAAGAGCUCUGUUUUGUUCCAAAUUCCCAUUACGGAGAUUCGGGAAUUGAAGAAGACUGAGGGUUUGGGUUGGAAGGGCAAGUUGAUUGUGGAGUUGACGGCUGGUAGUAAAGAGGCUGCUGAUGGGUUGGUGGUUAUUGGAAAAGAGGAAGGGCAGUCGUUCCAUCUUACCGGGAUGAGGUCGCGGAACCAGUUGUUUAAUCGAUUGGUGGCUAUGGAUGCACAGUUUUGGGAAAGUAGGUGA